UUGAAGAUAUUGGAACAUUUAUUUCCUUUCAUAAUUCCCUAUGAUAUUUGAGUUACUAGUUUGAACAAGCCCUUAUUCAGCUAAUUGGCCUACACCUCUCUUCUAACAGAUUUGACUUUUAAUACUACUUUUGGUUUCUUUAACAAUGAAUCAUUUCUUAUAAAUGCAGAACUUUAGUUAGCCUAUCACUCCCUAAUCAUCUGCUCUAAACUUCACCUUUGGAAAAUUACUGUUGUUUUCAUCCAACUCUUUGAUUUGGCAGUUGAGUUUUACUUCAACCAAAUAAAAGACAAGGCCGCUAGAUACUUUGAUUUGUCGUGUUUUAUCUUCUCGAAAACAGACCUGAUUUUUCAUUUUGGAGUUCAAUUAGCAAUUCCCUUCAAAAUCAUAUUAUUUAUUCCUUAACACAGAAUAGUUUCUGGUUUAUAAUAAUACUGUACCUGAACAUCCUCAGAAACUUCUUAAUCACACUCACCAUUGAGCUCAUUCAAUAGCAUGGGUACUUAUUAUUCCUUCACUCUUUCUCCUUCCAAACCAUUGCUACUUUCUCCGAAGCAACCAUUUAGCAAGUUCAUCUGCAGAUCCUCUGCCACUUGCAAUUUUUCAACAUCUUUUGACCAAUCAUCACAUAACUAUGGACUUAAACUGUCUCCAGCUUCAACUUCGGCUUAUAGCAGAAGAAGUGUUCAAAAGUUGGCCGGAAAGAGAUUAUUGGACUUCAAAGUCAGUUGUGCAGCUUAUCCAGAAAGUAAUAAUGAGGCAACUAUGACCGGUGAAAAGAUGAGGGGUUUGCAGCUUGGGACCAUGUUUGCUAUUUGGUAUCUAUUGAACAUAUAUUUCAACAUAUUCAACAAACAGGUUCUCAAGGUUUAUCCAUUUCCGACUACCCUGACAGCAUUUCAGUUUGGUUGUGGGACAGUUUUGAUAUUUCUUAUGUGGGCACUGAAUUUGCAUCCAAAACCCAAAGUUAGUAGGUCUCAGUUUAGAGCAAUCUUUCUACUCUCACUCGGACACACAAUAGGAAACCUUCUAACAAACAUCAGUCUGGGAAAAGUUGCUGUUUCUUUCACUCACACGAUUAAGGCAAUGGAGCCUUUCUUCACGGUCUUGCUUUCUUCCCUGUUUUUCGGAGAGAGGCCAUCUCUAUGGGUUCUUUCUUCUCUUGUGCCUGUUGUUGGAGGCGUUGCAUUGGCGUCUUUCAGUGAAGCUUCUUUCAAUUGGAUAGGUUUUGGUAGCGCAAUGGCUUCAAAUCUUACCAACCAAACGCGAAAUGUUUUCAGUAAAAAGCUGAUGGUUAAAAAUGAGGAAAAUCUGGACAACAUCAAUCUAUUCUCAAUUAUAACAGUCAUAUCGUUUUUACUUCUAACACCUGCAGCAAUUUUGCUGGAAGGUGUCAAGUUUAGUCCUUCUUACUGGCAGUAUGCUACAAGCCAAGGUUUGAAUGUCAAAGAUAUGUGUAUUAGAGCUCUUUUGUCUGGUGUCUGCUUCCAUUCCUACCAACAGGUUUCUUAUAUGAUAUUACAAAUGGUAUCGCCAGUGACUCAUGCAGUUGGUAACAGUGUGAAGAGAGUAGUUGUCAUUGUGUCCUCGGUUAUCUUCUUCCAAACGCCUGUCUCACCCAUUAAUUCCUUGGGAACUGCUUUGGCUCUUGCUGGAGUUUUCUUGUACUCGAGAGCAAAGAGGAUUAAACCUAAAGCUGCUUGAGAGUAUUAGGAGCUCCCUAUGAGGAUGAACAACUUUGAGGGUUGUCAAAGUCAUCUAGUGAUUAGGAAUAUUUCAUGUUUGCUAGUGAUGUACAAUAUAGGGGAUUUGGUUAUAUUUCAGCCUUUAUGAUCGCUUAUAAAUGAUAAUGGAGCUUUUAAAUUUCUUUAAAAUUGUUUUCAUGGAGCUCAAAAACGAAGCCUUUGGGAGUAACUUGUAGUUGAGAAAAGGUAAACAAAAA